AGGCGAGGUGCGGCCUCCGCUCAGGCGGGGGGCGUCGGCGCCGCGGGGCCCCGCCAUGGCAGCGUCCGAGCUCUACACAAAGUUUGCUAGAGUUUGGAUACCUGAUCCUGAGGAAGUUUGGAAGUCGGCAGAGCUGCUGAAAGAUUAUAAACCAGGAGAUAAAGUCCUCCUGCUUCACCUUGAAGAAGGAAAGGAUUUGGAAUAUCGUCUAGAUCCAAAGACUAAGGAACUGCCUCACUUAAGAAACCCUGACAUACUUGUGGGUGAAAAUGAUCUCACAGCCCUCAGCUAUCUUCAUGAGCCUGCUGUGCUCCACAAUCUCAGAGUCCGCUUUAUUGACUCCAAACUUAUCUAUACAUAUUGUGGUAUAGUCCUUGUAGCUAUAAAUCCUUAUGAACAGCUGCCUAUUUAUGGAGAAGAUAUUAUUAAUGCAUAUAGUGGUCAGAAUAUGGGUGAUAUGGAUCCACAUAUCUUUGCAGUAGCUGAAGAAGCUUACAAGCAAAUGGCCAGAGAUGAACGAAAUCAGUCCAUCAUCGUAAGUGGAGAGUCUGGGGCAGGAAAAACAGUUUCAGCUAAGUAUGCCAUGCGAUACUUUGCAACUGUAAGUGGUUCUGCCAGUGAAGCCAAUGUUGAGGAAAAGGUCUUGGCCUCCAACCCCAUUAUGGAGUCCAUUGGAAAUGCUAAGACAACCAGGAAUGAUAACAGCAGCCGUUUUGGGAAGUAUAUUGAAAUUGGUUUUGAUAAGAGAUAUCGAAUCAUUGGUGCCAAUAUGAGAACUUACCUUUUAGAGAAAUCCAGAGUGGUAUUCCAGGCAGAAGAGGAGAGAAACUAUCAUAUCUUCUAUCAGCUUUGUGCUUCAGCAAAUUUACCUGAAUUUAAAAUGCUGCGAUUAGGAAAUGCAAAUAACUUUCAUUACACAAAGCAAGGUGGCAGUCCUGUGAUUGAAGGAGUUGAUGAUACCAAGGAGAUGGCACAUACCAGGCAGGCCUGCACUUUGCUAGGAAUUAGUGAGUCUUAUCAGAUGGGAAUUUUCCGAAUACUUGCUGGCAUCCUUCACUUAGGCAAUGUUGCAUUUACAUCUCGGGAUUCAGACAGCUGCACAAUACCUCCCAAGCAUGAACCUCUCAGCAUCUUCUGUGACCUUAUGGGUGUGGACUAUGAAGAGAUGUGUCACUGGCUCUGCCAUCGGAAACUGGCUACCACCACGGAGACAUACAUCAAACCCAUAUCCAAGCUGCAGGCCACAAAUGCCCGUGAUGCUUUGGCCAAGCACAUUUAUGCCAAGCUCUUUAACUGGAUUGUAGAUCAUGUCAAUCAAGCCCUCCAUUCUGCUGUCAAACAGCACUCUUUUAUUGGAGUGCUGGACAUAUAUGGAUUUGAAACAUUUGAAAUAAAUAGUUUUGAACAGUUUUGCAUAAAUUAUGCAAAUGAAAAACUACAGCAACAAUUCAAUAUGCAUGUCUUCAAAUUAGAACAAGAAGAAUAUAUGAAGGAACAAAUUCCAUGGACACUCAUAGAUUUUUAUGAUAAUCAGCCUUGCAUUAAUCUUAUAGAAUCUAAACUAGGUAUUCUAGAUUUGCUGGAUGAGGAAUGCAAGAUGCCUAAAGGUACAGAUGACACUUGGGCCCAAAAAUUGUACAACACACAUUUGAACAAAUGUGCACUCUUUGAAAAGCCCCGUCUGUCAAACAAAGCUUUCAUCAUCCAACAUUUUGCUGACAAAGUGGAAUACCAGUGUGAAGGCUUUCUGGAAAAGAAUAAAGACACUGUUUUUGAAGAACAAAUUAAAGUUCUGAAAUCAAGCAAGUUUAAGAUGCUACCAGAACUAUUUCAAGAUGAUGAGAAGGCCAUCAGUCCAACCUCAGCCACCUCGUCAGGGCGCACGCCCCUCACCCGCACUCCUGCAAAACUGACCAAAGGUAGACCAGGCCAGACAGCCAAAGAGCACAAGAAAACAGUGGGGCACCAGUUCCGAAACUCCCUUCACCUGCUUAUGGAGACCCUCAAUGCCACUACCCCUCACUAUGUGCGCUGUAUUAAGCCCAAUGACUUCAAGUUCCCAUUCACGUUUGAUGAGAAGAGGGCGGUGCAGCAACUGAGAGCGUGUGGUGUCCUGGAAACCAUCCGCAUCAGUGCAGCAGGCUUCCCCUCACGGUGGACUUACCAAGAAUUUUUCAGUCGCUACCGUGUCCUAAUGAAGCAAAAGGAUGUGCUGAGUGACAGAAAGCAAACAUGCAAGAAUGUAUUAGAGAAACUGAUAGCGGACAAGGACAAAUACCAGUUUGGUAAGACAAAGAUCUUUUUCCGUGCUGGUCAAGUAGCCUAUCUAGAAAAAUUGAGGGCGGACAAGCUGAGGGCUGCCUGCAUCCGGAUCCAGAAGACCAUCCGAGGGUGGCUGCUGCGGAAGAAGUACCUGCGCAUGCGGAAGGCGGCCAUCAUUGUGCAGAGAUAUGUGCGGGGCUACCAGGCCCGAUGCUAUGCUAAGUUCCUGCGCAGAACCAAGGCAGCAACCAUCAUUCAGAAAUACUGGCGCAUGUACAUAGUCCGCAGGAGAUACAAGAUAAAACGAAUGGCCACUAUUGUUCUUCAGUCUUAUUUGCGAGGCUACUUGGCCAGAAAUAGGUACCGCAAGAUGCUCCGUGAGCACAAAGCAGUUAUCAUUCAGAAGUGGGUCCGGGGCUGGCUGGCUCGUACCUACUACAGGAGGAGUAUGCAUGCCAUCAUCUAUCUUCAGUGCUGCUUCCGGCGGAUGAUGGCCAAGCGUGAGCUAAAGAAGCUCAAGAUCGAGGCCCGCUCUGUGGAGCGCUAUAAGAAGCUCCACAUCGGCAUGGAAAACAAGAUAAUGCAGCUACAGCGCAAAGUUGAUGAGCAGAACAAAGACUACAAAUGCCUCAUGGAGAAACUGACCAAUCUGGAAGGAAUAUACACCUCUGAGACUGAGAAACUACGAAGUGACUUGGAGCGUCUUCAACUAAGUGAGGAGGAAGCUAAGAUUGCUACUGGACGGGUCCUCAGUCUGCAGGAAGAAAUUGCCAAGCUCCGGAAAGACCUGGAACAAACUCAGUCAGAGAAAAAAUCCAUUGAGGAGCGUGCAGAUAGGUACAAACAGGAAACUGAGCAGCUGGUAUCAAAUCUGAAGGAAGAAAAUACUUUGCUGAAGCAGGAAAAAGAGGCCCUCAAUCAUCUUAUCGUGGAGCAGGCUAAGGAGAUGACAGAGACUAUGGAGAAGAAGUUAGUAGAAGAAACAAAACAACUGGAACUCGAUCUUAAUGAUGAAAGGCUGAGAUAUCAGAACCUUCUGAAUGAGUUCAGUCGCUUAGAAGAACGAUAUGAUGACCUCAAGGAAGAGAUGACUCUGAUGGUAAAUGUGCCUAAGCCUGGACACAAGAGAACAGACUCCACUCAUAGCAGCAAUGAGUCUGAAUACACCUUUAGCUCUGAAAUUGCAGAAACUGAAGAUAUGCCAUUGAGGACAGAGGAGCCAAGUGAGAAGAAGGUACCUCUGGACAUGUCAUUGUUCCUCAAGCUCCAGAAGCGGGUCACAGAGCUGGAGCAGGAGAAGCAGGUGAUGCAGGAUGAGCUGGACCGCAAGGAGGAGCAGGUGCUCCGCAGCAAGGCAAAGGAAGAAGAAAGACCACAAAUUAGAGGCGCAGAACUGGAAUAUGAGUCACUCAAGCGCCAAGAGCUUGAAUCAGAAAACAAAAAACUGAAAAAUGAGCUAAAUGAGUUACGCAGGGCACUUAGUGAGAAAAGUGCCCCAGAGGUGACCGCUCCAGGUGCACCAGCCUACCGUGUCCUCAUGGAGCAGCUGACCUCUGUGAGUGAGGAGCUCGAUGUCCGCAAGGAGGAAGUCCUCAUCUUGAGAUCUCAGCUGGUGAGCCAGAAGGAGGCUAUCCAACCCAAGGAUGACAAGAAUACAAUGACAGAUUCCACAAUACUUUUGGAAGAUGUGCAAAAAAUGAAAGAUAAAGGUGAAAUAGCACAAGCAUACAUUGGUUUGAAAGAAACAAACAGAUCACCUGCUAUGGAUUGCCAUGAGUUGAAUGAGGAUGGAGAGCUGUGGCUGGUUUAUGAAGGGUUAAAACAAGCCAACAGGCUCCUGGAAUCCCAGCUCCAGUCACAGAAGAGGAGCCACGAGAAUGAGGCUGAAGCCCUGCGUGGAGAGAUCCAGAGCCUGAAGGAGGAGAACAACCGGCAGCAGCAGCUGCUGGCCCAGAACCUGCAGCUGCCCCCGGAGGCCCGCAUCGAAGCCAGCCUGCAACACGAGAUCACCAGGUUGACCAAUGAAAAUUUGUAUUUUGAGGAAUUAUAUGCAGAUGACCCUAAGAAGUAUCAAUCAUAUCGGAUUUCACUUUACAAGCGGAUGAUUGAUUUGAUGGAGCAACUUGAAAAACAAGACAAGACUGUUCGAAAACUGAAAAAACAACUGAAAGUAUUUGCCAAAAAAAUUGGUGAACUAGAAGUGGGCCAAAUGGAGAACAUAUCCCCAGGACAGAUCAUUGAUGAACCCAUCCGUCCGGUCAAUAUUCCUAGGAAAGAAAAGGAUUUCCAAGGAAUGCUGGAAUACAAGAAGGAGGAUGAGCAAAAGCUUGUUAAGAACCUGAUUCUGGAACUGAAGCCACGUGGUGUGGCAGUCAAUUUGAUUCCAGGGUUACCAGCAUAUAUCCUGUUUAUGUGUGUUCGACAUGCUGACUACCUGAAUGAUGAUCAGAAAGUAAGGUCAUUGCUAACAUCAACAAUUAACAGCAUCAAAAAAGUAUUAAAGAAAAGAGGUGAUGAUUUUGAAACCGUCUCCUUCUGGCUCUCUAACACAUGCCGAUUUUUGCACUGUUUGAAGCAGUACAGUGGAGAAGAGGGCUUUAUGAAACACAACACGUCUCGCCAGAAUGAACACUGCCUCACCAACUUUGACCUGGCUGAGUACCGGCAGGUGCUAAGUGACUUAGCCAUUCAGAUCUACCAGCAGCUCGUGCGGGUGUUAGAGAACAUCCUUCAGCCAAUGAUCGUCUCUGGCAUGCUGGAGCAUGAAACCAUUCAGGGCGUGUCUGGGGUGAAGCCCACGGGGCUAAGAAAGCGAACCUCCAGCAUCGCUGACGAGGGCACCUAUACACUGGACUCCAUCCUCCGGCAGCUCAACUCCUUCCAUUCAGUCAUGUGUCAGCACGGCAUGGACCCUGAACUGAUCAAGCAGGUGGUCAAACAGAUGUUCUACAUUGUUGGGGCCAUCACCCUGAACAACCUCCUUCUGCGGAAGGACAUGUGCUCCUGGAGUAAAGGCAUGCAGAUCAGGUACAAUGUCAGUCAACUGGAAGAGUGGCUGCGUGACAAGAAUCUGAUGAACAGUGGGGCUAAAGAAACCCUGGAACCUCUCAUUCAGGCUGCGCAGCUUUUGCAAGUGAAAAAGAAGACAGAUGAUGACGCAGAAGCCAUCUGUUCCAUGUGCAGUGCUUUAACUACUGCCCAGAUUGUCAAAGUGUUGAAUUUGUAUACUCCAGUUAAUGAGUUUGAAGAAAGAGUCUCUGUAUCAUUUAUUCGUACUAUACAGAUGCGUUUACGAGACAGGAAAGACUCUCCUCAGCUGCUCAUGGAUGCUAAACACAUCUUUCCUGUCACCUUUCCUUUUAACCCAUCCUCCCUCGCACUAGAAACCAUCCAAAUUCCAGCCAGCCUGGGCCUGGGAUUCAUAUCACGGGUCUGAAAGUGAUGUGAUGUCAAGGCAAACAGUGACAGUAAAUUUCUUGCCUGAAAUAAGAACCCGUUAUUUCCAGUGAGCUACUGAAAAUAUGCUCUAAAGAGAAAGUACUGAGUAUCUUUCAAACAAGAGGUUAUUAACUGGAAAUCUCCCUAAAUACUUUCAUCACCUUGGAGAGACAGAUAGGCUUCUUUGUACUGUGUUACCUUUAAUUCAUAGCAACACUCACCCUUGAUCAGUUAGGUAUCCUGAGUUACAUGCAGGUAAAUGGCAGACAGAAGGGGGAAGAGUGUCUCCAGCUGCCAGCAUUUAUUUUCAAUCCUUAGCACUGCAUCCUAAUGGUAUGGUAAAAAUGUAAAUUCCAGCUAUGAGCUGUUGUUAGGAAGGCACCAACAAAGAACCUCCUCUGUGUGAACCAGAAGAAUUGAAAGAAAAAUUGCCAUUGAGUACAUAUCAUAUCAGUUCAGGAAUCAAUUAUGUUGAUAUUGUCAAACUGGAUCAAAGAAAUAAACUGGCAAUAUGUAAAGUAAUUGGUCAAGUAACUUCCUUAUAUGUGUCACUCUGAUAUAGAGAUAUUAAGAGAAUGUUGGUUUGCCAUAUAGCAUAGAAGUCCAUUUGUACUGUAGUUUACUGAGCAUUUUAAAUUGCUGCUACAUACUGUAUACUUUAACAUGUAAGCGAUAUUCUUAUUAGGCACUACAACAGUAAGCUUCUCUUUUAUCAACUCUGUUUACAAUUCAGUCAGACCAUUUUAACUGGAUUAUGUGCAAAUAUAUACAGAUUCCCCUGCACGAGUAGCGGACACUGGGAAGUCAUGUAGUAAUAUGACAAAAUGUUUGACAUUUAGGGAUAGGAUUAGACAAAGUGGCUAUUGUUGAUGUCAUUAUUUAUUCAGAAUGUAUUACAUUGAUGUGCUCAUUAAUUUUCCCUGGGUGGAUAUCACAUCAGGGUACAGUGUUCUGUGAAGUGACUUAUUUUUAGUUCCCAGAUCAGAUUCCUGCACUGCAUAUUUUCAACCCAGCCAGGUUUUCUUUCUUCUUAAUUUAUUAAGAAUUAAUCUCAGUCACUAUCUAGAGAAGAGUGUCAGCAUAGUCAUGGUUCGGGUCUUGAAACCUUGAUUAUCCUAUAAAUUAUGCAAAACAAGGUAUAUAAUAAAUACUAUGAUUCCAUUUUUUUAGGCUUUGCAACUUCUAUAAAUGUUCUCAGUACCACUAGAUACUUUAAAGAGCGUCAUACUAGAAAUACUUUAAGACUUAUAUAAGAAGACUGCUGAAUUUUAGAGGAUUUGUUUCAGUAAGAGCCAGAUCCUAUAAGUUUCAUUCUGAAAUUCUAAUUAAACAUAUUCUCAGUUUUUCCUGGACAUCCUAUACAGUAAAUCUUUCAGGUUGUGCAAAAGCAAAUUCUUAGUUUUCAUUAGAAACUCUGGUUCUGAAUUACAAUCAUAGAUUUAUAUAACUUAACUGUUAGAUGGUCUAUGAAAAAUGACAUCUUAUUAAUACAUGUGCAAUAUUAAUGGAAGUCAAACAGUUUCAAAUCAAUGAUAAAGAUUGUUAUUAAAAGAUAAAUACUGUCUGUUAACUUA